AUGAACAUCUCUAUUGUGGGAUCCUCUUCCGGGAUAGUGAGUGAAUUCAUCCUUCUGGGCUUCCCCUGCAGCAGAGAAAUUCAGUUCAUCCUGUUUGUGUUCUUCUCUAUCGUCUACAUCUUGACUCUCAUGGGAAACGGAACCAUUAUCUGUGCUGUGUGUUGGGAUCAGCAUCUGCACACCCCCAUGUACAUCCUGCUGGGGAAUUUCGCAUUCCUGGAGAUCUGGUAUGUCACUUCCACAGUCCCCAACACGCUGGUCAACUUCCUCUCAGAGACCAAAGUUAUUUCUUCCACUGGAUGCUUCUUACAGUUGUAUUUUUUCUUCUCCAUGGGCUCCACUGAGUGCUUCUUUCUCUCAGCAAUGGCCUUUGAUCGAUACAUUGCCAUCUGUCAUCCUCUGCAUUAUGCCAUCAUUAUGACUGGACAACGCUGUUUCAACAUAGUGAUCUCCUGUUGGGUGUGCGGUUUUCUCUGGUAUCUGGUGCCUGUUAUUCUUAUCUCCCAACUGCCUUUCUGUGGCCCUAAUGUAAUUGAUCACUUUGUAUGUGAUUCUGGCCCAUUGCUGACCCUCUCCUGUGCUCCUGCCCCUUUGUCCAAGCUCACUAGCUACACUCUAAGCUCCCUCAUUAUCCUUCUUAGCUUCCUUUUCAUCCUCAUCUCCUAUGCCUUUGUUCUAUUUGCUGUUCUUCAGUUGCCCUCAGCAUCCAGCCGACAUAAAGCCUUUUCCACUUGUGGAUCCCACUUGACUGUGGUGCUGCUCUUUUAUGGUACCAUUAUGGUGAUGCAUGUGAGCCCUGGAUCUAGCCACUCCAUGUUGAUGCCAAAGAUCAUGACCUUGUUCUAUGCAAUGGUGACUCCACUCUUCAAUCCCCUGAUCUACAGUCUCAGGAAUAAGGAAAUGAAAAAUGCUCUGUGGAAACUUCUAGAGAAGUUAAAAAUUUCUGUAAAAGUCUUUCCACAGCAGCUCCAGGAGUAG